AUGCAAGAAAAACCUCCAGAAGAGCUCCACAGCAACCAGCCAUGUGAUAGCAAACUAACUGGGCAUGCUGGGCUGCUGGUUAACAGAAGCAGAAAGACAUUGGUGACAGGAGGUGGAGGCUACCUGGGAUACAAUCUGGGAUGUGCUCUUGUCAGGUCAGGAAUUCCUGUUGUUCUGUUUGAUGUACGGAAACCUAAACGGGAAAUUCCAAAUGGAGCAGAUUUUUUCAAGGGUGAUGUGAGGGAUUAUGAUGCACUGUUCAAAGCAUGUGAAGAGGUUGACUGUGUUUUUCAUGUGGCUGCAUGUGGAAUAUCAGGAUUAGAACAGCUUCAAAAGAAAGACCAGAUUGAAUCCAUAAAUGUUGGAGGCACAAGAAUAAUAAUUGAUGUCUGCAAAGAAAGAAAUAUCCCCAGACUGAUAUAUACCAGUACAGUGAAUGUGGUAUUUGGAGGGAAUCCUAUUGAAGACGGAGAUGAAGAGACUGUUCCAUAUUUUCCACUGGAAAAGCAAGUUAAUCAUUACUCUAGAACAAAGGCAAUGGCAGACCAAUUAGUUCUUGCUGCUAAUGGAACUUUACUCAAAGGAGGGGAGAAGCUCCACACCUGUGUGCUCCGUCCACCAGGCAUAUAUGGACCAGAAGAGCCGCACCACCUGCCACGAGUAGCUGUAACUAUACAACAGAGGCUAUUUAACUUCAAGUUUGGGAAUCAAAAAGUUCAGAUGAACUGGAUUCACAUAGGAAAUCUAGUACAAGCUCACUUACUAGCUGCUGAGGCUCUCACCUCUGAGAAGGGCUAUGUAGCUAGUGGUCAGGCAUACUACGUGCAUGAUGGUGAAAGUGUGGUAUUUUCAGAAUGGAUACUGCCCUUAUUUGAAAAAUUAGGCUACAAGAAACCCUGGAUACGUAUUCCUGUUCUCCUGGUUUAUAUAGCAGCCACCGUGAUGGAGUAUCUGCACCUAAUACUAAAGCCAGUUUUUAACUUUACACCUUUCUUGACAAGGAAUGAGGUGUGGAGUGUUACUGUAACUCACACUUUCCGAAUAGACAAGGCACGAAACCAACUUGGUUACCAACCAAAGAAAUUCUCAUUUGCUGAUUCUGUGGAUCAUUAUCUUAAAACAAGACCUACUUGCCAAGAAGAUCACACGUUCCUUAAAAUGGUGUUUACUUUUGGCAUUUUCUUAAGUUUGAUCAUUCUUUCUUUCUUGUAA